UUAUGACGAAAUCGUGAGCACGGGUUUAGCCGUCGACGAGGGUUUUCGCAGUGGCUACGCGGCGGUUAUUGCGAUUUUUCACAUUCGCCGUCUCGCCGAUCGGUGGUUGUCGCUGUCAUCGUCGCAUUAGUCCGCUGCUGCAGUCCGUGCAUAUUAUAUCAUAUUUUACCUCUUCCGUGGGACCCGAGUUCGAACUUAAGUCUGACUCUAUGUAACAUCCCUUCGUCAUCAUACACCUCUGUCAGAGUAACCCCUUAAAACGACCCGCAUACCGAGUGACUUCCGAUAUUAUAAUAUUAUCAUAGGAGUAUAUUAUUAUAUACACCCAUCGUAUGCUUACGCGUUAAACUGCGCGUUGGUCUACUUUAUAUAGGUAUAUGUACCCGUAGUGAAAACUUACAUUUGCUGCUGUCGUCUGACCGUAUAACUGCAGUCACGUGCCUCACCGUCAUACCUCGUGCAUUCCGAUCCGUGCUUCGAGUCAAAUUUCAAACCAUUUCACCGGCAUGACGUCGACGAGAACGCGCAACAACAACACUUCUUAGUCGGUGACUUAUAUACUUACCACAAUCAUCGCGUUCAUUUCAAUAUAAAUAUAUGCCAGAGAUUACCAGUUGUGCUGCAAAAAAUAUCAAAAUGGCCAGCACGUCCAGCCCGAUAUCGGACUUCUUUCGUGGUCGACAUGUACUCAUCACCGGUGGCACAGGGUUCAUGGGCAAGGUGUUGGUAGAAAAAUUGCUACACUCGUGUCCGAACAUCGCAUGUAUAUACCUAUUAAUCAGGCCUAAACAAGGCCAUGACGUCAAGUCUAGGCUUGAUCAACUACUCAACGCUGCGAUAUUUGAUUGGGUGAGGAAAAAUCAACCCGAAUCCCUAAAAAAAUUAGUGCCGAUUAAUGGUGAUGUCACUAAAUACGAACUUGGCAUCAGCUCAUUGGAUCAAAACACGUUAAUUAAUAACGUAUCUAUUGUGUUCCAUUCGGCAGCCACCGUUAAGUUCGACGAAGCGCUUAAACUUUCAGUUGCCAUGAAUUUGUUAGGUACUAAACGAUUGGUUGAGUUAAGCUACCGUAUGACCAAGUUAGAGGCUUUUGUACACGUUUCCACUGCGUAUUGUAAUUGCAACCGGCAAGAUGUUGAAGAACAUUUGUAUCCCAUUCCUGCAGACCCAGAAAAAAUUAUUCAAUGUGUCGACUGUCUUGAUGAAAAUCUUCUGGAAUCUAUAACACCAAAGAUUAUCAAAGGAUGGCCAAACACAUACACGUUUACGAAAGCAUUAGCGGAAAAGAUGUUAUUACAACUAGGCGAUGGAUUGCCUAUAGUAAUCGUCAGACCAUCAAUAGUUACGGCAUCGUGGAGAGAACCGAUAUUAGGAUGGGUAGACAAUUUAAAUGGACCGACGGGCCUGUUAGCUGGCGCCGGCAAAGGGGUUCUGAGGACACUGCUAUGUCAUAAGGACUUGAUUGCUGACCUGGUCCCAGUAGAUAUAUGUAUCAACUUAUUAAUAUCGGCUGCCUGGUACACGGCCAUCAAUAGACCAAAGGGGAUAGACAUCUAUCAUUGCACGUCGGGCACAACGAAUCCAAUUUACUGGAAAGACAUCGAACGGUUAGGCCACGAGUUCAUAUUAGAGAAUCCAUUUAGUGACAUUUUGUGGUACCCGGGUGGCAGUUUCAAAAGCAACAGAGUCGUCAACUAUUUGUGUGUGGCCGCUUUUCAAAUGGCACCUGCCUACAUCAUUGAUGCGCUCGCCAAAAUUACCGGUAGACAACCGAGGUUGAUUCGAAUCCACAAACGGCUACAGAAAGCGGUAUCGUGUCUAGAGUUCUUCACCACGCACGAAUGGAACUUCAAGAACACAAACGUGCAGAAACUGUUUACCGAACUUGACCCCAAUGACCAAAAGACGUUUUACUUUGAUGUAUCGCAACUGGAGUGGCGGAGCUACAUCGAGUCGUACAUAUGGGGUACCAGGCAGUUUGUGCUUAAAGACCACCCAAGCACAGUUCCCAAUGCCAAAUUGCGAUUGAGACGAAUGUACUACCUACACCGGACUAGCCAAAUGGUGUUUGUCGUGCUGGCAAUCAGAUACAUAUUGCUAGGCAACAAGUCUAUCCGGCGGUUUUGGUAUUCGGCUCUGUGUUUCCUAAUAAAAUGUAUCAGUAACGCUACUUCUUCUCUGCGUCUGCUGUAAGCCGCAAACUCGCAUUCAAUAGAAUAAUAUUAUACUGUUACUAAUAUUUUAUACACAGUGGUGUCCGCCAUACGACAGCGCAAUGAUCGUAUAAUAUAAUGUAACACGCAUAAUAUAUUUCUAUAUUAAAAUAUUACAUUAUUUAGGUAUAUUUUUAGACGAUUACGUAUUGCUCGACGAACUUAAUUCAAUCAAUGGUAUAGGUUAUCAUUAUAAUAUAUCAUCAAGUAUAUCAACCGGCCAUAAAUAAUAUAUUAUACUAAUUUGUCUCAUUCCGAUUAUAAUUUCCUCUAUUCCGUUAUACUUUGUAAGAUAGUAAUCAGUUACAUUCUUAUUUAUUAUUUUUUCCGCGUCUCUAACAAAUCAUAAUAUGUUAUUAUACCUAAACCCAUAUAACAAGUUCAUUAUGUAUCUUUUUUUUUAAUUAUUAUUAUUAUUCUAUACUAUACACAUAUUAUACACCUUAUGGCUUCUGCCAAUGUAAGGCCGUUUUAAAUCUAAAAAUUACUUACUUGCAUUACAUACUUAAAUGUAAUGUACAUUGAAAGACAUUAUUGUAUAAUUAAUUGUAUGUCACACUUAAUCAUCUGCUUUAGAAAUAAAAAACAAAUACUGUACCUAAUUUACCUAUAUAUACCAAAAUGAUAAUGGUCGUUGAUCGGUAGUUUGAAACUAAUUUCAAUGAUUCGUUUGGUGAAACCCCCGUUUAAUAACAUAUUUAGGUAUAUCAUGAUAAUUAUUAUUUUUCCAUUGAUUUAAUUAAUAUUGUUUAAUACGUUAACUUUAGUGGUUAUUAUUGAUAGUACGUGAUAUAUUGUAAUACAAUUUUAUAUUUGUGCUUUGAAUUGCAUUGCGAUAAUAUUAAUUUAUAUUCAAUUGUUUGUACACUUUGUUAACUAUGUAUUUGAUUCCAUUGUUAGACAAUAAUUUCCAUUUUAUACGAAGAUCAUUAUAUUAUUAUUAUUAUUAUUAUUAUUAUUAUUAUUAUUAUUAUUUUAGCCGUUUCGAUAAUUAGGGUUGUAUAAUAAUACUGAUAUGGCGUUGUAAAAUAGUCUUAAAUGCCUACUUGGUAUCCUACAAAUAUUCUACUCUUAAUUAAUACAAUAAUUUGCAUAUUUAUUUAUUACGCACAUAAUCACUUAUAAAGAGAGAAUGUCAUUGUAAUCAAUCCACAAAGACAUUGAUAUAUAAUUGUAAUAUGACAUAAAAAGUGUAAAAGUUCACAACAUGUUAAUUAGGUACACAUUAAUGUAUCUACUCACACCAAUGAAUAAAUGAAAUGCACCGGAAAUAGGUACAAACAUAUUUUGGCUGCAUCCGAAUAAUUGGUUCCCAUACCUAAAAAUUAACGUCCGAAUUGAUUCCCGAUAUUUUCAAACAAUUGUAAAAUGUGACAUAAUAAUUUGAAAAAUUCAAAACCAAUUUUCAUUUUAUUGAUAUUUAAAAAAUGUUUAAACUGUAACAUACAUUAAACUAUAAAAUACGUAAAUAUUUAAAAUUAAAGAAAUGGAUAAAUGUCAACAACAUGGCGUUUCUAAAUAAGUACCUUUUUAUAAAAAAAUUUCAAGUUUUUUUUCAUUUUUACUUAGUCAGUAUUUUUUUUUUAAAUUAUAUGUUUUUAUUAUUAUUAUUAUUAAUUAUUAUAUUAAUAUAUUGAUAAUUAUUAAUAAGCGAUUUAUAAUGACAUAACAUAAUAUUAUAUAACCUGUUUUAAAAAAUAAUUUAAAUUAAAGAAUAACAUAUAAUAUUAAAACGGUGUUGGAAAAUUGAAAAUAAAAUUAAUCUGGAUUAUAAAUAUGAUAACUCUUCAUAACAACCCGGGAACCAAUUCGGAUUUACCAAAACAUUUUUUUUCUUAUUUUUGCUAGCCACCUAUAUCUUACCUAUUGAUUCAGUAAGUACCUACCUGCAUAGAUAGGUACGUAACUAUAUAAGUACAACUAGAACAUACAUAGUAUACGUCUUUAAGCUUGGUGUAUAAAUUUUCACCGAUAAGCUGUUUUAUAGUGGAUGUAGAUCAGUCAAAGUAUACCAUGUAAUGUUGUAUCAUUGCAUAUAAUAAGAAUUCUAUUGUGCAACGUUUAACUUAUCCUUAGGUAGGUAUCUCAAGACUUCAAGUAAAAUAUUUUCCGUUGAUAUAUUAUUUUUUAAUGCGAUACAAUCACUGUUAAAUUAAAAAGAAUAUAUUUAAUUGUAAAAUGUUAUUUUAUCCUACAUUGUUUCACACACAUCAACCUUAGUCCUUAGAUUUCAACGCAUUAAAAUGUUGUAUACAUUGUUUAUUAUUAUAUUUUAUUGUGUUAAAUUAUAUUGUUUUAUAUAAUAUACAAUGGCGUAUUUACAUUUUGGUUUCAUAAAAACGUUGGGUAACUAUACGAUAGUUAACUUAAAUACGUUAUGAAGUUUCAUUAGCUGAUGCGCAUUUCAUUUUGUUUUCAGAGAAAACAAAUCGAAAAAUAUGAAAAAAAAUUAUUUGUUGUAACUAUAUGUGUAAAGAGCUUUUUUACGAUUAAAAUGUUUGUUUUAAAUAUUUAAGCCACAACUAAGAAAUAUUUGUUAAAUAUGUCAUUGUAUAAAGUGUAUCGGUACAAAUAUAUUAUGUAUCUACCUAUAUGUUAUGUAACAAUACAUGUUAUACGGUUUAUGUAAUAUUUUAUUUUUUAACAUGUUUUUUAGGAAAAAAACAUUUUAUAAUAAGCGCCUUAUACUUGCACAGGAUUAAUAAUAAAACAUAUUAAUUGUCAACAUUCAUUGAAUGUGUGGCCUACGGUAAAAUGUUCACUUGUUUGUGGCAUACAAUAUUUAAUCUUACACAAGUAUUUUAUUAGAUAGAGUAUGUGAUGUAUCUUAUUUGCUGGAUAUUUUAUAAUAAAUUAUAUUGCAUAGAUAAA